AAGGGAAUAAAAGGGAAAGGUGCUCUUUUCUUCCUCUUCCUUAGGUUUUCUUUCUUCGUCCGUGAUAUAUAAAACACACACACACACAUAUAUACACACAUCAUACAUACAUACAUACACUGUACCUACCUCUUUUGGAGCGCAACUUUCGACACUCCUGCGAAGAGGAAGACGCCUCUUCUUCUUCCUCGUCCAUCGAAUUCUAAGUUUGCUGCUUCAUUGCCAACGUCAACUUUGUCACAACUCUUACUGUGCUACAUCUUCGUUGUCAUUGUCAUUCGUACUAUUUACCGCAAAGGAGAAAGGGUGUUUGGUACGAACCACGGACGGCCUCUGGAGAGACUCUGGAUUUAUUGGUGGCAAGACAACCCCAAACGCGGUUUACCAUGAGUUCGCGUAAUAUACCCUCGGAUAAGAUAAAUCUACGCCUCAUCCUCGUCAGUGGUAAGACAAAAGAGUUCCUAUUCAGUCCGAGCGACUCCGCGGGAGAUAUAGCUCACCAUGUGUUUGAAAACUGGCCGGAAGACUGGGCGGAAGAGGCUGUUGCCAAAGCGGAGAUCCUGCGGCUAAUCUACCAGGGUCGUUUUCUGCACAGCAAUGUCACGCUCGGUGCACUUGGGCUUCCUUUCGGGAAAACCACGGUGAUGCAUUUGGUACCACGAGAAAAUCUUCCCGAGCCUAAUUCCCAAGAUCAAAGGCAAAAAAGUAAAGGUGGUGGUAGCAGUUGCUGCUCAGCCUCCUGCUGCAUACUUUAAUCGGCUGCCCUGGAUGUUCUGAGGUCGUGUUUAAAUGUGAGCCCAGCACGAAUAACUUCGAGCUGAGCCAUGAUUUCUAAGGUUUUAUGCUGAUGUAUAAAUGCUAGUGGCUGAGCUCAUGAGCAAUGUAGCACAAAUUACUACAAUUCUACUCGUUUACUUGUUGAGAUCGGUAGAAGAAAAUAAAAUGAGGCAAAAGAAACGACAGUGAGAGGGUAAAAGGAAUGAAAAGAAAUUUCAAGACAAACAAUAAAAGAAAAAAAAAAAAAAAAGAAAGAAUUUAACAUC